AUGAUUGUGCAGUGGGUGGUGAAGGGAGGUAUUGAGGUGGACAUCGGAGCCAACCCCUCUGCUGAGGGUGGCGAGGAGGAGGCUGUGGAGGAUCAGGCCGAGAAGGUUGUGGAUAUUGUCGACACCUUCAGGCUACAGGAGCAACCACCGUUCGACAAGAAGGCGUUCGCGGCUUACCUGAAGGUUUACGCCCAGAAGCUCGCCGGCCUGAUGCCGGCUGACAGGGUAGCGCAGUUCAGGGCGAACUCGCCCGCUGCGUGCAAGUGGCUCAUGUCCAAGCUCGCUGACCUGCAGUUCUUCGUUGGUGACAGCAUGAACUCGGAAGGUUCAAUCGCCUAUGCUUACUACAAGGAUGGUGCUGCCAACCCCACCUUCAUCUAUUUCAAGGAUGGUUUGAAGGAGGUCAACACGUGCUUGGAACAUGGAGCUGAAGGCGCGAAAACGGCUUACGGCAAGGGAGGCAGUGGAGGGCGUGACAUGCAGAAGGGGAGCAUCCGGACGCACCAGCGCUCCACCGCACACCAGGACGCACACGCCGAGAUGAAGUCGAAGGAGAGCCGGAAGCUUCGUCAAACGCUGCUGAGCCAGUUCGAGGGGUUGGAUCGCAGCACUCUUCACAUCAUCACCGCUCUCAAGACUACCGUAUACAUCUGCAAGUCGGAGGCGCCAAUCACCUCCUACGUGGGCACCAUCAAGUUCAUGGAUGAGCUCGGAGUCCCGAACCUUCCCUUGGAUUCCAAGGGAAACUACUUUUCGGAGGAGGCGUUGGCCGCGAAGGAUGCCGCUGAGAAGGUGACGGAGUUCAACAUCAUAGACCAAGCGGUGCGCAACGUGGCAGAGCAGCUUUCUAGGUCGAGCAACUGGCACCGGCGAUUCGAGCACCUUCAGGAGUACAUCUGCGAAACCAACCUGGAGCUGCAGGGGAUCCACGACGUGCGAUGGCUCUCUAGAGGAGAGGCAGUCAAGCGGUUCGCCAAGGUUCUGCCGGCGACAAUCGUCCUGCUGCACGAUUUCAAGCACGCGCUAUACGAAACGGUCACCUCUUUCAAAUUCCACUUCAUGCUUUUCUUCCUUGCAGACAUUCUUGCCGUGCUCAACGAGCUCAACGCCAAGUUCCAGAAGCAGCAGGUGACAUGUGGAGUGCUUUGCAACUAUUCAUCCCACGCCCACUCACAGUUUGACAUCACUGUGGUCGCGGGGGAGGUGUCACUCGCUUGCCGGACGAUCGAUGUGCGUUACGUGGACUACGAGGAUCGUUUUGGCAACGAUCAGUCACCCCUGCUCUGCGCGUUCCUGAAGAAACACGGCAACCCCGAGCACCGCGAAGUCGCUGUCAAAGGCGUGGACCAGAACGGCGAAGCUGCAGAGCACGAGUUCGUGCUUCACGAGCGCAAGAUCCCAGGCCAUAAGACUGGCGGGGACUACUACUCCUGCAAGGCGGUGUGCCAGGAGUUUGCGAGGGUCUGCGUUGCGCGACUGGAGUUCCGCCUGGAAGACCUCAAGAACCUGGCCGGCUCCAAGCUUUUCCGGCCAUCGUGCUAUCCCGACGACAACGCGCAGCGGAUGAAGAAGUGCCGCGAGUGGUUGGGCAUGCUAGACCACAUGUUUCACCACCGCCUCUUUGGAGUUUCGGUAUUGACUUGUGCUGCUCUGCUCCCUGCUAGGAGUAUUCUGCUGGAACCGGACCAGGCCAGACCAUCCCAUAUGUAG